GCAAAAUUCCACACCGAUCCCACUAUACCGCACGUCUUUGGGCGCUGCUACGGCCGAGAAGCCUGGCCCCCUCGAGGUUGGCCCAGAAUUCGGGACGCUUGCCGGUCCGGCAUCAAGACGAGAUCUGAUUGGUCAACAAUCUGGACCCAACAGCCAAUCAUGACCCAGUAUUGGCCAAAUGCCGGUUGCCAAUGGAGCUCCAGAACGCGUCAGAAAUUCCAGAAAGUUAUAACCGCUUACGCUAUAUAUACGAAGCGCUGUACAACUGUUCUUGACUUCGUUUUUGGUAUUAAUAGACCUUGUGCAACUUUGACUUCUACAGUACGUUUGUCACUAGUGUUAACCAGCAGUUUAUGUAACAUAAAUUCCGAAAUCUGCAAACAUAGUCUUGGAUAA